AUGACUUAUAAUGAAUCUCCUAGCGCUUGCACUCAUCCCAAGCUUACCCACGUCACUCGUGAUUGUUCUGCGACUCAACCACUAUCUAAUUUCAAUCCUUCAAGAUAUAAUACUCUGCAUUCUGAUGGGACCUACUCCAACCCAGGAAGGGCUUCCACUCAAUACAAAAAUCUACCGCAAUUUUUACUAUUUCAAAAAACCACGGUUUCAGACUUUGUGCCGCGUCGAGAGAUGGACACGAGACAUACUCGCCUACCAUCGCUUCCACUUGUCAGUGAGCCUACAUUGGGCAGUCCAUCAGUGUUCGGUGACGAUUAUGUUCCAUUGAGCUCUCUUGGAUCAGCUCGAGCAAUCAGCGCUGCCACCGAGCGUCGCAAAAUCCCUUCUCCUCUACCUACUUGUCCAUCUGGUUCCUUUCCUCUUCUCUCUGCUUCUUCUUUGAGAUAUACUCGUCGAGCCGAACCCCCGAUACAGCUUAUAACAGAAGGAUCAUCAGUUGAGGCUAAGGUAAUCAUCAAAAGUUUUCACCUGCCUACCUCAUCAAGUCAGUUUUGUGGAUCCCCGAACUCUCUUUCUUCUGAAUCUAUGAGUCUUCCUAGUCCACAUGGAGGAGUCUUUGUACCCCUCCGAACCUCUUCGCCUCAAUCUCAAAUCAUUUCGCCGCCUCCAGAAAGAUUCCGAAGUCACUCAGUCGGAACUUGUGGGCAUACUAGUGUAUCUUCUCUUUCUGAAUCCUACAAAACAUUCGAGACGAAUGGCUACGUUUAUAGACCUACUUCUGCUGUUCUUAGUGACCAAUACUAUUAUUCUCAGGUUCAAACCAAACAACUUUGUAAGAGAAAUUCUAGUUUUUCUAGAGUUAGAAGAUUAUCUGGUAGUUUUCUUCAACUUUUGAAAGGUGGUGGAGAAAAGAACUAA